GUGGGGUUUCAGAAGAUCCUGACUCUAACCUACGUGGACAAGUUGAUAGACGACGUUCACAAGGAGUUCAGGGACAAGUACCGCAACGAGUUCCAGCAGAAGGGCACCCUGGGCCUCCUAAAUGGCACCUUUGAUUUUAAAGACGACUUCAUGCGCCUCCUCCGGGAUGCAGAGGAGAGCAGUAAAGUCCGAGCUCCCACGGUAAUGAAGACGUUUGAGCAGUCUCUGAAGUCUCAGAAGACUGUCAAGUGUAUGAUUGAAACCCGAGGGGAGAAACCAAAGGAGAAAGUCAAGAACAAGAAGAACAAAGGUUCCAAAAAGGAGGGAACUGAAGCUGUCGCAGCGCCUGGCAAAGCCUCUGCUGGUGACAAGCAGUCCUCUGGGGACAGGGAGGAGCUGACCAAGGAUGAAAUCCUGCAGAAGAACCGGGAGGAAUUCUUCAGGAGACACAUGAAAGCAGGGGAGAAGUCCAGCAAAUCUCCAAAGCCCGAAGCACAGAAGGAGAAAGGGAAGAAGCCCAGAGUGUGGGAUCUGGAGAACUCUAAUGCCAAAGUACUGGAUUACAGUAACUCUGCUACCAACGGGAGCGCCGAGGCUUGCCCUGUGGAAGAAUUUGACCCUGAUGCAGCCCUGGGGGACAGGAAUCGGGAGCCCGGCCGCCUCUACGACCUUGAGUAUGAGAGUGAUGAGGAAGCUGAAGAGGAGAAGGUUGUUCACAACCCUUCAAAGCCCAGUGCGAAGAAAGGUGGCCUGGGGGGCAUGUUUGGCAUGCUGAAAGGCCUGGUGGGCUCCAAGAGCUUGACAAGAGAUGACAUGGACCCUGUACUGGAGAAGAUGAAGGAUCAUUUGAUUGCUAAAAACGUGGCAGCUGAGAUCGCGGUGCAGCUCUGUGAGUCAGUGGCCAAGAAACUGGAAGGGAAGGUGAUGGGAACGUUCACCACGGUGACCUCGACAGUGAAGCAGGCCCUGCAGGAGGCUCUCGUCCAGAUCCUGCAGCCCCAGCGCCGGGUGGACGUCCUCCGGGAUGUCAUGGAUGCCCAGCGCCACCGCCGACCCUACGUGGUCACUUUCUGUGGCGUCAACGGCGUUGGGAAAUCCACCAACCUGGCCAAGAUCUCGUUCUGGCUCAUCGAGAACGGUUUCAGUGUCCUCAUUGCCGCCUGUGACACGUUCCGGGCGGGAGUUUUUUUCACCCGGCGCCUCAGCGCCCUGCCCCCUCCGGAGAGCCACGGCGGGCGCACCAUGGUGCAGCUCUACGAGAAGGGCUACGGCAAGGACGCGGCCGGGAUUGCCAUGGAGGCCAUCGCUUACGCUCGGAACCAGGGAUUUGACGUGGUCCUGGUGGACACGGCGGGCCGCAUGCAGGACAACGCGCCCUUGAUGACGGCGUUGGCCAAACUCAUCGCUGUCAACACUCCUGACCUGGUCCUGUUCGUUGGGGAAGCGCUGGUGGGAAAUGAGGCGGUGGAUCAGCUGGUCAAGUUCAACAAGGCCUUGGCUGAUCACUCCAUGGCUCAGACGCCACGGCUCAUUGAUGGGAUUGUCCUCACCAAGUUUGAUACCAUCGAUGACAAGGUCGGCGCUGCCAUCUCCAUGACAUACAUCACGAGCAAGCCCAUCGUUUUCGUUGGUACUGGACAGACCUACUGUGAUCUGCGAAGCCUUAACGCCAAGGCCGUGGUCGCAGCGCUCAUGAAGGCCUGA